AUGAAGGUGGCCGAAGAAGAUAACAGGAAAGAGGACAACGAUGCGAUGGAAGAAGAGCACGAGUACGGUGACAUGCAGGCGGAGGACGAGUACCACGGCACGGAGUCGGACGACGACUACAGCGACGACCAGCAGGACGACGAUGGCGCCUACUUGGAGGCGGCGGAAACUGACAGCAACGACGGCCGCAUGGAGACCGAUAAGACGCUGGAAGAGCUGUUCCGGCCUCCGUACGAGAUCAUGUACGGUGGAAGCUUCCACGACGCCAAAGCACACGCGGCGAGCAAGGACCGAUGGCUGUUGGUGAACCUACAGUCAAGCGGCGACUUCAAGUCGCAGCAACACAACCGAGACCUGUGGUCGAACGAGGUGGUCAUCCAGGUGAUCAAGGACAACUUCAUCUUCCUGCUUCUGGAGAAGAGUGGGCGGGAAGGCGACGAGGGGCGCAAGGUAUGCUGCUACUACAAUGUCGAUCAUCAUCAGCUUCCGGCCGUGCUCGUCCUCGACCCAAUCACGGGGCAGUUGCUCGAUAAGUGGUGCGGCCUUGUCCAGCAGCCCGAUGAUUUCCUGACAAGCAUCGGCAACUUCACCGAGUCGAAGCCCAGCUUGACGUCCAAACCCAAGAUAGUCCCAAGAACGGCGACGCUCGAAAGCGGUCAAACCCCUGCUGCACAAGAACCUGCAACCGCAAUGUCUAACACCGCUUCUUCUGAUGCACUACCGGCAACCAAGGUUGAAUCCUGUGCUGCACAAGGACCUGCAAUGCCUAACACCGCUGCCACUGGUGCACAACCUGCUCCGGCGCCCAAGGUUGACGAGAUCGAGGCGGCUCCGGCGCCCAAGGUUGAGGAGAUAGAGGCACCUGCGGUGGACGACGGGCAGCCUAUGGAAGGAGAGACGGUCUGCAAGCUGAGGGUACGGUUCCCUGCUGGUAACAUGGUCACCAAGGAGUUUGGGGCUACGCGGAGAAUCGCGGUGCUCUUUGCAUACUGCAGAUCAGUUGUAGUUGAACAGACGGGGACGGAGCAGGCCUUCCGGAUCAUGAGGUUGGCUGGACAGAACUUUGAGGAGCUGCUCGACGUUGUUGCCUCGUUUGAUGAUUUGAAGCUUAAUCGCGAUACCAUCUCGGUCGUGCUCAACUAGAUACUUGAGUCCUUAGAUCGACUUUAUUAUAGACAGAACCGUAAUACAUAGUCUUAUUUUCGUCUAAUGAAAGUAUCUUUCUUAUUGUAUCUUUUGUUACAAUGUGUG